AUGGCUAAUCCGCCCAAAGCCCAAUCUCCCGAUGUCUCAGAUCAAGAUAAACGAGCCCAACUCGACGACUUGAUCGCACGUGCCGCUGCAAAAGAUGCGACUAAGGACCAUGACUCUGCCUCUGAGUUAUAUUCCCAAGCUACCGAGCUUCAGGCUGAACUCAAUGGCGAACUAUCCCCCGACAAUGCCGAUUUACUAUAUGCCUACGGAAAAUCACUGUAUAACGUGGCUGUGAGCAAAAGCGAUGUCCUUGGCUCUAAGGUCGCUGGAGAACAACAAUCGCAGGCCGGUGUCGCAUCUUCAACGACUAAACGUCUCGGAGAGUCGAGCUCCACGAGCGAUUCCCUUGUUCAAGAUGCAAUCGCCAAUUCGAUGGCUCAACCCCCAUCUUUCACCAAGGAUGCGGAUAAAGAAACAGUACCCACGGAAUCCAAGCCAUUCUUCCAGUUUACAGGAGAUGAGAACUUCGUUGACUCUGAUGACUCUGAUGAUGAAAAUACAGAGCAUGCGGAGGAUGAUGAAGACGACGAUGAUUUUGCUAAUGCCUUUGAGGUUCUUGAUCUUGCCCGUGUUCUUUACCUCAAGAAGCUGAAGAUUGCAGAGGAAGAAGACGAAGGCAAAGGUAAAUCAACUGUGAUGUCUGUAGACACCAAACAUAUCAAAGAAAGACUCGCGGAUACGCACGACCUUCAAGCUGAAAUCUCCUUAGAGGGGGAAAGAUUCGACGAUGCAGUCACUGAUCUGAGAACCGUUCUCGAAUUGAGAAACUCACUGUAUCCUUUGGAAGAUCCUUCCGUCGCUGAGUGCCAUUAUAAGCUCUCCCUCGCUCUGGAAUUCGCUUCGGUCCAACAGAAUGACGAGGAUGAUGGCGGCAAUGACAAGCGGAAGAUUGAUGAAGGGAUGAGAAAAGAAGCCGCAAUCCAGAUGGAACGUGCUAUCGAGAGCUGCAGGGUCAGGAUGCUCCAGGAGGAGAAGAGAUUUGAAGUGGAGAAGCAAGAGGAUGAGGAUAAGGCAACUGCAACAAAGCGCAAGAUCGCCAAUGUCAAGGAAAUUGUCACAGAGAUGGAGCAAAGGCUAACUGAUCUGCGCCGACCACCCGUCUCGAUUGAACACAACGAUCAAGCCAACGAGGCUAUGCUGAAGGGAGUUCUAGGUCAAAUUAUUGGGCAAUCAGCAACAGACCAGAAAGCCCAGCUUGAUGCAGCUAGCAAGGGAGCAACAGAUCUUUCUGCCUUUGUCAAACGGAAGUCUGCAAAGCAGCCAACACAGCAAGCCGAAACUUCCUCAAAAAGACCUGCUGAGGAAUCACCCGUGGCGGAUGGCUCCAAGCGGUCUCGUAUCGACGAUGCUUCCUCGUGA